AACAUGAUAAGCGAUUCAGACAAUAGAGUGGUACUUAAUGUUGGAGGGAUCAGACACGAGGCUUACAAAGCCACCCUUAAAAAAAUCCCUGCGACCCGUUUAAGCCGCCUAACUGAGGCCCUCGCAAACUACGACCCCAUUCUAAAUGAGUACUUCUUCGACAGGCACCCGGGAGUGUUUGCGCAGAUUUUGAACUACUACAGGACGGGCAAGUUGCAUUAUCCUACUGACGUUUGUGGGCCACUCUUUGAAGAGGAGUUGGAAUUUUGGGGUCUCGAUGCCAAUCAGGUGUUUGGUUUGUUGUUUUUGUUGUUCAUUAAAGAACUACGCACUAACGAGAAUUUAAAUCUACCAAAACAUGCGAGCCAACAGUAUAAACAAAUUAACAACAAUAAACAACAACUACAUUUUUAUAAACAACAACAGCAACAACAACAGCUGUUUAACACAAACAAACAACAGCCGCAGCAACACGCAAGGAAAAACAUUCAACCAUUCCGAAAGCGACCGCCAAUCUCCGGCCUAACGAACCCAGCAUUCCGUCUGGAAAAGCCGCACACAGAGCCCCACGAUGCUUUCUUCUACAUCGAAUGCGUCUGCAACGGCUGGUUCACCUUCGAACUCAUCAUUCGCUUCAUCGUCAGCCCAGCAAAGUUCAAAUUCGUUCGGACCCCUGUCAAUCUGAUCGACUUCAUCGCCACUUUCUCGUUCUACUUGGACUUCAUAACAACCCGGAUGAAGAAAGACAACGAGAUCCUCGAGUUCUUCAGCAUCAUUCGCAUCAUGAGGCUCUUCAAACUGACCCGACACAGUCCAGGCCUCAAAAUUCUCAUCCACACCUUCAAAGCCAGUGCCCACGAGCUCAUGCUCCUCAUCUUCUUCCUCGUCAUCGGCAUCGUCAUCUUCGCAUCCCUCGUCUACUACGCCGAGAGGAUCCAAUACAACCCCGACAACAACUUCAACUCCAUCCCGGUUGGACUGUGGUGGGCCAUCGUCACCAUGACGACGGUGGGGUACGGAGACAUGACCCCAAAAACUUAUUUGGGGAUGUUCGUCGGGUCCAUUUGCGCUCUGACAGGCGUGCUCACCAUCGCCCUACCAGUCCCCGUCAUCGUCAGCAACUUCGAAAUGUUCUAUUCGCACACCCAAGCCAGAGCCAAGCUGCCGAAACAACGACGUCGCGUGCUUCCAGUUGAGGCAGUCAGACCGAAGAGUAGCGGCUACAAAAUUAGCGGGAGCGUAACUGGCGCUGGUCAGCCG